AUGUCCAAUUUAACACAUGAUGGUGGACCGGGCGAUCGUUACGGGAACAUUACUCUCUUUUUCAACCCCCAUUUAUGUACCCUCGACACUUGCGACUUGACACUGGCAAGCUUCCUAUAUCGACCAACACUUCCUGGUAACGCAAUCUUUGCUGGUCUCUUCGCCCUCUUAUUCAUCCCACAACUAUUUUUUGGAAUAAAGCACAAGACAUGGGGCUACAUGACCGCCAUGAGCUUUGGCUUGAUUAUGGAGUGUGUGGGAUAUAUUGCUCGAGUCAUGAUCCACAACAACCCAUUCAAUCACGACAUGUUUCUCAUGUACCUCAUUCUUCUCACCAUAGCACCAGCUUUCUUAACUGCAGCAAUCUAUCUCUGCUUGGCUCGCAUCGUUACCGUCUACGGUGAAGAUUGCUCGCGCUUCAAGCCUCGUACAUAUACCCUCAUUUUCUGCACAUGCGACUUAAUUAGUCUGGUUCUACAAGCCCUCGGAGGAGGUAUCGCUUCAACCGCCAACACACAGUCAUCCAGCGACCUCGGGAAGAACAUUAUGUUGGCGGGUCUCAUCUUCCAAGUCGUGUCUUUAGUUCUCUUUGCAAUCUGCUGUGGGGAAUUCGCGUUUAGAGUGUGGUCCGGUAAAGGGUCGCGGAAUCCAACCUAUACUUGGCUCACUCAAACGGGUCUCUUUAAGGGAUUCCUUAUUGGCCUUUUCGUUUCCUCUGUCACCAUCUUUGCCCGUAGCAUAUACCGGUGCGCCGAGCUAGCGGGUGGCUUCGACGGCGAUCUCUUCAAAAACGACGAAGCACUCUACAUGAUCAUGGAGCCCACCAUGAUCGCAGUUGCUUGUAUUUGCUUAACUGUUUUCCACCCAGCCGUUGCCUUCAAGGGUGUUUGGCACGAGGCUAAUUUCACCUUCCGAACUAAAAAGGGGGCCUUGGAAAAUGGGAGGAUGAAGAUGGGAAGCACGGAUGAAGACUCUAGCGUCCAGCUGCCAGAUAUGAGAAAUCAGUAUGGAGACUCGUCACGAUACUAA